AUGGAGUGGGUCAUGUCAGAACUUGUAAGAAACCCGAGAGUGAUGAAAAAGGCACAAACUGAAGUUAGAGCAGUGCUAAAUGGAAAGAAAGAAGUACGUGAAGCAGAUAUUCAAGAAUUGAAGUAUCUAAAAUUAGUGAUCAAAGAGACGAUGAGAUUACAUCCAUCACUUCCCCUGUUGCUUCCUAGAGAAUGUCGGGAAAGUUGCGAGAUUGAUGGAUAUGUGAUACCGUUGAAGACGAAAGUGAUUGUUAAUGCAUGGGCUCUUGCAAGGGAUCCUGAGUAUUGGCAUGAUGCUGACUGUUUUUUACCUGAAAGAUUCGAAGACAAUUGUUAUGAUUUCAAGGGAAGCAACAUGGAGUAUCUACCAUUCGGAGCAGGAAGGAGAAUCUGUCCAGGAAUUUUAUUUGGUGUCGCUAAUGUUGAGCUUCUUCUUGCAAGCUUACUCUAUCAUUUCAACUGGAAACUCCCUAAUGGGAUGAAUAUUACAGAUUUAGAUAUGAAGGAGAAAUUUGGUGCUUCCGUUGGGAGAAAGACGAGCUUGCAACUGAUUGCAGCCCCUUAUGAUCUCAAUUGCGGGGACUCCUAA